GGGGGAGCAGUGCACAAUGCGUAAUUGUGCGCCGCGAGAACCUCGGCCCCCUGGGUCCGAUUCCGAGCCACGGCUAUCAUCAGUCGUGAUAUCAGAACCCGUCCCAGGUGUCAACUCAGGCUGUACAACAUGGUACGGCGUGUAAACAUCAACACUCGGGGAGACGGAGGCGGCCGGGCGUUGGCGUUGACCAUGCGACCCCGUGCUCGCCUUAAUCAUUCGUACGGCUGAUGUGGAUGCAGAGCAACAACUACAAUUUCACAUUCAGACUGACACGUGGAGACUGCUGGGGAGGGGGCUCUGGUUUGUGUUGAUUCAUUUUUUUGAGGGGGUGCGCGCCGCGCUUACUGAUCGGGCAGCAUGGGGGGCGCUGCGCCUAUGGAUGACGAGCCCCAGCUGGUUCCACCGCCAGACGGCGGCUGGGGAUGGGUGGUGCUGUUCGGCUGCUUCGUCAUCACGGGCUUCUCGUACGCCUUCCCCAAGGCCAUCAGCGUCUUCUUCAAGGAGCUGAUCAACGAGUUUGACGUGGGCUACAGCGACACGGCAUGGCUGUCCUCCAUCCUGCUCGCCAUGCUCUACGGCUCAGGUCCUCUGUGCAGCAUCCUCGUGAACCGCUUUGGCUGCCGGCCCGUGAUGCUGGGCGGGGGUCUGCUUGCUUCAUUUGGGAUGAUCCUUGCCUCCUUCUGCACCAACAUCAUCAUGCUCUAUCUCACGGCGGGAGUCAUCACAGGCAUGGGUCUGGCACUCAACUUUCAGCCGUCGCUCAUCAUGCUGGGGCGCUACUUCAACAAGCGGCGCCCGUUGGCCAACGGGUUGGCAGCAGCCGGCAGCCCCGUGUUCCUGACGACGCUGUCGCCGCUGGGACAGAUGCUUGUUAAGUCGUACGGCUGGAGGGGCGGCUUCCUUAUCCUGGGGGGGCUCCUGCUGAACUGCUGUGCAUGCGGUGCCGUAAUGCGCCCGCUUGUGCCCCCCAAGGAGGACGCCGGCAGUGGCGGAAGUGCCAAUGCCGGCGAGAGCAAGCGGCGUAACGGCAGCAGGGACGCCGGCGCUGCGGAACAAGAGCUCACCGAGAUGUUGCCCUCGAAGCAGAACGGCGGCUUUGUGGCCGUGCCUCUGGACGACAAUGGCUCCCAGGUCGCUGAGAGCCCAUCGCCAGGCACCGCCCCUCAUCGGGAGACACCGGUGUCCCCCAAGAAGAAGCAGAAAAAGAAUCUGCUGGACUUCAGUGUCUUCAAGAACAAGGGCUUCGUCAUCUACGCGGUGGCUGCGUCCAUUAUGGUGAUCGGGCUGUUUGUGCCGCCCGUCUUCAUCGUGAGCUACGCCAAGGACAUGGGCAUAGAGGACACCAAAGCGGCCUUCCUCCUGUCCAUCAUCGGCAUCAUCGACAUCUUUGCACGGCCGCUGUGCGGCAUAUUAGCUGGCGUCGAGCGUGUACGCCCAUACAUCACCUACCUCUUCUGCUUUGCGAUGCUCUUCAAUGGGUUCGCGGACCUCAUGGGGUCAUUCGGAAACACGUACGGCGGCCUCGCCACCUUCUGUGUCUUCUUCGGGAUCUCAUACGGGAUGGUGGGUGCGCUGCAAUUCGAGGUCCUCAUGGCCAUCGUGGGCUCCCACGUCUUCUCGAGCGCCAUCGGCCUAGUGCUGCUGUGCGAGGCCUGCGCCGUGCUGAUCGGGCCGCCCAGUGCAGGCCGCCUGGUGGAUGCCACCAAGAACUACAAGCUGACACUGUACAUGGCGGGCACGCUCGUCACCAUCUCCGGCAUAGUCAUGGGCGUUGCCAACUUCUUCUGCCUACCCAAGGUGCAAGCUUGUCCACACGCGGCUCCCCCUCUGGGGCCCGGCAAGGAAGAGGGGCAGCCGCUGACGGUGGUAACCAGCACCGAGCCAGAUCCCGAUGCCAUGCACAAUAACCGGGGUCCCACGGAGCCCGACGUGGAGGCAAACGAAGUGCAUGCAGCCCCGGACAAGGCCAAGCCGCCGUCGCCCGAGGAGAAGAAAGUGGAUGCUGCACCAGCAUCUGCGCACAUAGAGGAGGAGGCGGUGGCGGCAGCGGUGGCUUCAACCGCGGCGGCUUCAACCGCGGCGGCAACGGCGGCUGAUGAAGUGGUAGCAAAGGCAGAGUCGAAAGUGGAGGCAGAGCCGAAAGUGGAGGCAGAGACGAAGCCAGAGUCGACGGGAGAGGCAGAGGCACCGUCGAGCAAGGAACCAGACCCGGCUCCAGGCACGACUCGUGCCGACGUGGAGAGAGAAAGCGAGGUCUCUCCGCAGGCAGAGGCUGCCAGCGGCAACGACGACAACAAAGCGGCCACCGAGGAACUGAAGACAAACGACCCUACGAGUGGUGGAGAUUCCGCCAACGUGGAGACGGAGCAGCAUGCCUGAUGGACUGGCCACCACCUCACACUGCCUCCAAUUGGCGGGGUGGCACGUCCAGCGUCAACUCUCGUUUUGUUUUUUAAAAAAAUUUUCCCGUUGCAGGUCUUAGCAUCGUGUGUUCCUGUAGGGCAUUUACCGUGAUUAUUUGAGUUGCGUUUCUAGGCCUAGGCUUAUUCACGUCUAAAACGUGAAGUAUGUGCGUGCAUCGCACGCGUGCCACCGUCGCGAUAAUCGUGAUGGAUAGUAGCUGUCUAAUGCCGGACUUCUCAGUUGUAUUUGUGACCGGAAGCAAGUGUCUUUGCUGUACAGUGCAUUUCCUUUGGUUUCCAUCCGCAAUUUGGAAUCUGUUCAAUUACCUCGAGAUUUAGAAUUGAGGCUGCCAUUGUAGAUUAGGAGCAGACGCUUGAUUAGCUGCUUUCAUCAACGUCAUCAGAUUUUUUCGGUCCGAUGAAUCUCGUCAGUUUUAUUGAAAGACUCUUGAUUAAUGGUCAAGUCACUGGGAAUCUCUUAGCGGUGCAGCUACAUGUUGUACUUGGCGCAGAUGUUGCUUCCGUAUUGUGCAGUGGGAAAUGUUAUUGCAGCGACUGCAACAACGAGUUUUGUGGCGUUGAGGCCUUGUUCCAUGAGCAUGCACACAAGCUCUCCGUUACCCUCGGCGUGCUGAUGUUCCUCAGGCCACUCGGUGAGAACCUCUGAAAGCCUGGGUUCGAAUCCAGCACCCAUCCACGAUUUAACAAAGUUUGCGUGCAGAAAGUUUGUUGACAAUUGCCCAAAAUAAUAUAUAUUUUCACUUAAUUUGGCCUCGCAACAUUGGAUUCAUUCUGAGAUAUUACUAAAUAUAUCAGAGAACGAGCAGUGAAUUACUCUUCAUACAGCGCUGGUAGGAGAGGUUUUUGAGACUUUAAAGGAGACUGGCAUUUCCGUGGUCUCACCACUGUGAAGGAUUGUUUACUGGCAAAGGCAACCCUCCACCAUCUGUGAGGAGUCACCACAGUUGGAUUUUUCUGUAAGGAACUCCACUCUAAUGGCACAACUUUAAUGCAGUUCGUAACAUAAAAGGAUGAUUUGAAAACAUGUAACGUGAGGCUGCAGAGCAGCCCAUUGGGUGAGUGGUGUAGCAAGGCCUCAAGAGGACUAAUUUGGAGUUUUGUACAACCAAGGCGUGCGACCAUCUGUGGUGAAUUUACCAGUUCUCCACUUUGCUAAUACUCAUGCGCGUGAGGUAAACAUCAGCAUAAGGUGAACUGGAAAGAACAACUCCUGUUCAUCGAUGUUUGUAGCAAUAGCAGCACCACCUUGAGACGUGGUGUUAAUUUUAUCGUGCAUAUUUUGUCGCGCUCUGAAACUAACAUUGCUACUAAAAAUAUAUAUACUAAAUAUAUAUAUAGCCUUCUUGGUCAUUGUUGCCACGAUCUCACGAUACAGACGCCCUCCCCCACCACGACGAGCCACCCCCUUCUGGUCCGGGUUGGUUUUUAGUAACCGGACUGCCUCCAGCUACCUCCGUUCCCAUGAAUUUAAUUUGUAAGUAGCGCUGCGCUGAGUUCAGAUGAGUGUCUGACCUCACCUUUUCUCUGACCGUUUUGUUUUACGACAGUUUAAACCACCACUGAGAGAGCGUCGAGGGGGACUGUAACAUUUUGAACAUUGUUUAUAACCGCAUUGUUUAUAAAAACAAACCCAUUGUUAAAACAAACCCCACUUUUCUAAACUUCCUCACUAAACAUUCCCCCCCCUCUCCACUGACCUCGCCUAGAUUCCAGGCCAGGAACGGUAAACCGUACCCCGGUCAGUUCUUAGGCCUCGGGGGGUCGGGGGAAGGAAGGCGCCAUGAGGGGUCGCUCGUGGAGGUGAAGGGGAGAGAGCCGGGUCCUGGGGUAGCUCUAUAUCAUCAAAGCGUGGGCGUAGAGCUGUGAUGGGUUUGGGUGAGCGUUGAUGAAACCAUAAUUCUCACCCAUCUGUGGUGACGAUGGCCAUUAUCGCUAAUAUUCACCAGUGUCGAGCAUAUUAAUAAGCUGUGACUUAACUUGUAUGGUCGGAUAUUUGGUGUUUGGACAGGGUUGGUGGAUCAUUUAGACCAACAUGUAUGUGAUACACCCAUUGAUAUGCGAUUAUAUUUGACCACUGGCCAGGGCUUGGCAGUACAAGUACUUUGAUGUAACAGAUAUAUUUUGUAUGUGUUCUCUUAUCGUGUCCUUGGGUUUUCUCUGGGCAGUCUUCUUUUGAACCCAGUCGUGAAAUCUGCUUAAAAAUGAAGUGGUCGACAACUUCAUGCAGCAGCCUCCUUAAAAUAAACCUUGAGCCUCAGGCUGUCAUGGAUAUAAAAAAAACCUAAUUAUCUUACAGCGUUAGACCUUUACUACCAACCUCACAGCACAGCAAGCAUCAAAUAAUAUAUUAAAUUACUAAUGUAUUAUAUUAUAUACCAGCAGAAGGAAUAACUAGAUUAAGUAUUAGAUAUAUAAUAUUUUUGUUUAUUUUUAUUUCCACCUGGGACCAAAUUUGAAUUGGGUGGGGUUUAGUCUCUCUGGCCGAAGGGGGUUCUUCGGGCCAGUGGAGACUUCUCCACCAGCGAUCAACAGGUGCCGUCCGAGAGCACCAAGCUGCUCUUGCAUCUCGAAGUGUGUUUCCCCUUUACCGCUUCCUCCCUUGUCAUUAAAGGGGCAGUCCCGAGUAUUUGCGCGGCUCGGAUUUGUAGCCGGAGCGUGAUGGCACACGCUCGUGAUCCAGCACUUUGGGCAGGGUUGGUGGAUAAUGCAGAUUUGCACUUCCCCGAGCUGUGAGGGAGCCAAGAGAUUCAAGUAUAGCAAUAGAUUAUUGAAUCCCAAGUGAUUGGAGGUUUGAGUAUUAUUACCCCCUUCGUGUGAGAUUCGUGUUUUUUUUCUGGGCAUUUCAGUUUAUUUUAAGCCCCUAAUGGAAUAAACCAAGCCUUCCAAUGCACGGUUGCUCCUGAAUAAAGUAUUUUAGGCUCCGUAAGGAAUUCCAAUAUAAAUUAGAAUAAAAAAAAGUCAAACCAAGUAAUCACUUGGGAUCUUGUAGCUAACGGCUUACGUAAGAGUUCCCCUUAGAUUGCCUUUGAAAGACAAAGGUUUUGGGGAAAACAGUCUUACUGUCUUCACAAUUUAUGGAAGUGGCGUUAGGCUACAUUUGUAGACUGGCAGCAGCCUUAAUUGAAUACCUUUGGUGAUCAUAUUUCGAGAAUCCUUCAACGGACCACUUUGGAUUUAUUGAUUUGAUUAAAUUGAUUUAAUGUGCUUUCAUGCAAUUACUGUCAUUCCAGCCUUUGCUUCCCCCUUGUGUGUGACCCACGAACUCCUGCAACCGACUCCCCUGUUGUGCGGCAACGGAAACACACUUCCAGACACAAGCCGCAGCUCAAGUGUUGCGAGCUGUAUAGACUCUUCUUAUAUUACAGUACUUAUUUUUCAGCAAAGGAAACCACAAAAACAGAAAACACUGGUAUUUCAGUCUUCACAGUCCCAUGGGGCUUCGUCCAUGUGACCCGUUAGCCAGCUUGGCUGAAGACAGAAACCCAAAAAACAAACGCCUCUUAUCCUCUAGACAUCUGAUACACACGUGUGGGCUGUGCUUCCUGGGCUAUAUCCAACGCGAGUUUUGAAGCUUUGUUAAUUCACAAAGUUGCUAGGGUAGUACGCUCACGUGAUUGUGAUCUCAGUUUUUUUUAAUUGUCAAGAAAUCGUCUUUGUAUCCAGGUUUCAGUUGCUGUGAUUAGACGCUUUCAUCAAUUUCAAACUGUGUUGUAAACCGUUGUGUACUGUUUAGUGUCGCUGCAUCACGAGCGCUCGAUGUGAAGGUCACCAUAAAGGUCGUUGAAUCAGUUAACAGCACUCCACACUCACGCGGAAACAGUCCGAGACACAGCCCAGGUGUGUAGCUACUAAUGAAGAUCUGAUUGCCGUUUUUUUUCUAGGUUUGUCUUUAAUCCCUCUGUUUAAUCCUGGAGCUUGCCCCCAGGAAGAUGUUAACUCGUGGCCCGAGUGUGUGCGUGGGGGUUAGUGUGGUGAAUGUGGGGCGGCGGUGGGGGGACGGGGGUGUUGUGUUUCAACAUGUCGUCACAGUGUGUUGUGUUUCACCACUGAAUGUGCUCCUCACGUGAACACGACACAGAAGGACGGGAGGGGGACGCGGAGAUUGGGGGAGGGGAAAUGGUUUGGAGGGAUGGAAGAGGGAGACGGAGAGUGGGGCAGAGAGAUAGAGGCGGAGAUGGAGAGGCAGAGGAGAGUGUCAGCGGUGGAGGAGGAAAACGUAGAGAGCGACCGACGAACUUGGAGAUAAUGGAAGAGGUAGAGAGAGUGGAACAGGCAGAACGAGAGGAGAGUAGAAGUGAAGGUCAACGGCGUGCGUGCAUGAAAGGUGUAAUAGAAGAGUGAAUGCGAGAUAGAAUAAAUACAUAACAUUGGAGGUGGACAAAGGGAGGACGAGAGAAAUGGAAACGUAAAAAAAAUGAGGCGAGAGGGAGAAGUGGAGAGACGGAUGGGGAGAGAGGUGAGAAGGAAUGGGUAUCGAUAGGGAGAGACGAAGGUCGUGUCGAGUUACAGGGUGUCCGUGAGGCACUGUUUCUCCAAACCGUGGAUACGUUUUUCGAGAGCAGAGAAGAUUAAUGUAUUUAUUUAUUUAUCUAUCCAUUCUAUUAGUGGACAGCAGAAUAAGCUCGCAUUGUUUGCCAAUGUGGGGCCGGGGGAUGGGGAAGCGAGCAAAACAGAGGUCCGAGUGUUUGGAUCGUGAUGUUAUCUUUCAAAAUAAUUUCUCAAUGUAAUAGUUAUUUUUUUAACGUGUUGUUCCGUGCCACUGACUGAAUAAAACUGGUUGUGUUGAACGUG